UUGCAAGUAAGCAGCUUGCUGUGCCAGGCAAGCAUUAAGGAGCUCAUUGUGUACUUCGAGAACGAAACCUCCAGGCACCAGACAAGGGAAAUACUGCAGCAAGUGACACAAUGCGGCAUAAAUCGAAACCGCUCGGGUCCGCUGGAAGCAAUCAAGGACGACGGCGUUCUGAUGUAUAUGCUGAUGAUUCAGAACGAUAUAUUACAGCCGUUGGCGUUAUCUUUGUUUCGCAAGAAAUCGGCAGCGAAACAUCUGUCGCACGUCUUUCUGUUGAUCCGUAACUCGGAGAAUGUGUCGGACGCCUGGCUGCGGUCCACUUUCAAGCAAUUCUGGCAGAUCUGGUUGCUCAACAUUGUGAUUAUAUAUUGGCGGGCAGAGCGUCUGCAAAUCUAUCGCUAUAAUCCCUUCAAUGACAAUUACCUGAUCGAGGUGCGUUACGGAGCGGAGUUGCCGAAAUUGCGAACACUUUUCCCCACCGUCAUUCCCAAUAUGCAGCGGAAGCCGCUGCGGAUGUGCAUUUAUUCGGACGAGGUGCGCUCCAUUUAUGGGUCAAGGGGUCAGAUUUAUGGCACAGAUGGCCUGAUGUCGGAGUAUAUAGCGGAGCGUUUGAAUGCGACGCGCAUGGUGAGUCGCGUGCAGCUGGAUGGGCAGCACAAUCUGAGUGCCGACAUCUGUUUUAUGGAAAUAGCCAAGGAGUACGACGAUGUGGCGAUGAACAUACGAUUCCUCUCCCCGGAGUCGUUUGGCAAGCAUGUGGAGUUCACGGUCGCCCACAAUCGCGAUGAUUUGUGUGUGAUUGUGCCGAAGGCGGAUACGGCGCCGACUUUCUGGAACAUGUUCCGUUCGUUUGGGUGUCUGGUUUGGCUGUCGUUGCUGGCCAGCCUUCUGCUGGCUAACAUCUUCUGCUAUUGGACCCAUCACGGGCAUGGCAUUGGCGUGGGUCUACACAUAUUUGGCUGCAUGCUCGGCCAUGCUCUGCCGCUCUCGAGCGUUCCAUGUCGCUCCUCGAUGCGUCUCUUCUUGGUCUUCUGGCUCUACUUCAGCAUGCUCAUCUGCACGGCCUUCAAGGGCAAUCUGACCAGCAUGCUGGUCUCCCACAAGAAUCUGCCGGACAUCAACGAUCUGCCCACCUUGGCCCAAUCGGAGUAUCGUUUGCUCACCCGGCCCCGUCAUCUGAAGCACAUUGAACGUUUUCUGCUGCGCGACCACCAACUGGAGGGCAGAGUCCGGCAGCUGAUGCUACCCGUGCCGGAUAUGGUGCUGCUCAGGACUCUGCGGCGAAACGAUCUCUCCUAUGCCUAUCUGGAAAAAUAUCACAUCGCCAAGUUUCGUGUGCAGGAAAGAAGACACACGGAACGAGGCCGGCCCCUCUUCCACCUCAUGGAGAACUGCCUGGUGCCCUUCCAUGCUGUCUACAUCGUGCCCUAUGGCUCCCCCUAUCUGGGCUAUCUGAACAGACUAAUACGCAGUGCCCACGAGUUUGGCUUCGAGCGCUACUGGGAUCGCAUUAUGAAUUCGAUUUUCCUCAAUGCUGGCGCCAAGGUCGUCCAUAGACGCCGUCGCCAAAACACUGACGACAGUCCUGUGGUCCUCAAAAUCGAGCAUCUGCAUGCCGUAUUCUGUUUGUGGGCGGUGGGCGAGGCACUAGCGCUGCUAGUAUUUCUAUGGGAACGACUCAAACGCAACUAG